UGGCCUGGCCAGAUUUUUUCUUGUAUCUUUUCAAAUAUUUCUGGGGUGACAAUUUGCCAAGUAUGCAGCAAGCAAAUAGCAAAGGAUGAUGGGCAAGCAUGGGCAGAUGAUAUCUGUAGUUCCCACUUCCCCUCUGAUAACCUGCAACUGGAACAAAACUAAACAUCUGUCCACAGGAUCGUUUCAUACCGUCACAGGUCCACGGCAGUAUUCAGACACUUUGUUCUUGGGAUAUCAUGAAAUUGAUGAUGCCAUUACAUUUAUAGUGUCACUUCUCAUCCACAUGGCCCCCAAGAUCAGGAACAAAACUUUGAAACCCAAAGUUUGGACAUCACAAGAAGUCCUGAAAUUGUGCAGCAAAGUAAAGACUGAGUGUUUUAUUUUUCUAUGAUGAAUGGGCAAACACUUCAAUUUCAUGUGUUAUGACUGAAAGCUCUGGGGGAGAUUCUCAGUAGAUCUUGAGGUGAGAUACCUUGCCCAGCUCAUUCCCAAUGCUAAUAAUUAUGUAAUGUCAGAAACCCAAGGUAAAUUCCUGUUUUAGAAGAAAACAGCUGAGUGUCAAGAAAGUAACAUUAUUCUAAAUGGACAGGGAGUGAAUUAUGAUUCUCCUAUUUAUUAGAAAUGGAAAUCUGUUUCAAAAGUUUCACAGAUCUGAAUACAAACUUCAGAAUGGUUCUGUUCUGCUGGUUCAAUAUCUAAAGAAAACAUACGCCUUGCGCCAAAAUAAAUUAGGUGUGCUUUUGUUCAGCUGUCAGAAGCCAUCACGUAGGAAGGCUAGGUUAGGGCGUGUGCAUGUAGGUGUAUCUCUGUGCUGUCAGGUGAGUGAGCCGAGGGAUUCAAUAAAAACAUCAACGACAACUCAGUGUCAGUCCUAAACUCAGGCAGUGUUCAAGAUAUCACGACCCCAGUGUUGCUUGUUGACGCCUUCAGACACCAGUAUGUUUUCCCUCCUGUUACUUGUCAUGCUCUGCAGCAGCUGCCUGGCAGCCCCUACCUCGAUAGGCUUCUCCUACUCAAAUAGUGUUGGACAAGGUAGUGGCACUUCGUACUCCACACAGGGGACAGGACGGAUCACAACCAUCAGGGUCUGGGAGAGACCCCGCUCGUUUGUUGCUAGUUUCCAGCUGUGCUAUGACUACAUUUGCACUGACAAGAUUGGAAGAGCAGCGGGCAAUUUACAAGAGAUGCAUCUAUAUGAAGAUGAGACCAUAAUUCAGGUGUCCGGUAAACACAAUGGCUACAUCUAUCACAUGGUUUUUGUGACCAGUAGGGGUCGCUUCCUGUCUGCCGGCCAUCCAUCAGGGGACACCUUUAACUUCUUCCCGACCGACAUGAGGGCAGGGCUCAGAAUUCUGAGCGGCCGCUAUGAUAAAGUCGGGAUUACCUCAUUAGGAGCGCACUGGGGAGAGGUCAUAUUCAAUACAAACAGAAGUAGACGCAGAUAAAGCGUAAUAACUUACACAAACUAACUUUGAUCUAUUACUGUUCCACUGUCAUAAACUGUAAAUGAAGAACUAUUUGUUUGUAUAAAAUAAGCUAUAUACGUUAUGAAUGUGACAUAUACUAACAAAUGUGAAGAGGAUUGUUUGUUCCACUUUUUGUACAUUUUUUAUUCUUCUUGAAAAUUGUUUUCUGGUUCAGAAAGAAUGAAAACAGGAUAACUGGUUAAUGAUAAAUGGUGUUCAUGAAUGUUUGUGGUGGAGUUAAACACAGUUUAUAGAAACACAUGGGUUUUUUUUGGCUGUAGUUCCUGUUGUUUGAAUAAAAGGCCAUUGAUUAAAAGCUUU